AUAAGUAAUUCACAGGUCUAACGCUUCAGACUUGUUGCCUCCUUCUGAUAGUACUCAUAGCCUCUACGUAGUUGGGUUAGCUCAAUGAGGUAUUGAAUUCUGCAUGAGCCAGGUUUGCAUUUCUUUCAGUUUGCCCACAGCACACUCAGUGUCAAAGCUUUGACACUAGGCGACUAUUUCUUGAUUUCACUUUCAUCCCUAAUUCUCCUCAGUAGCCCUGUCCGUCACAUCUGAUCCACCCCUCUAGCUAUGUCGCGAAUCGGAUUGUGAAUCGGACCAUUGGGCAAUGUAGUUGGAUCACGUGCUCCUCCGAUCUGUGCUCAUGCUCUUGUGGUUGGAGCUUCUGGCCUCCUCCUUCGGCGUAAUGGUAGGAGCUUCUAUGCAAAGGGAGAUAAGCCAGUAUUGAAUUUCACCGGCGUUCAAAGUCUCUCAAGAGAAUUUUUUCUAUGUGCUUUUAACCCAACUACAGUGCACAGCUAGAUACAUCACGGUCAUUGUGGCGUCGACGAACAUGUUAAGCUGUAGGUAGGGGCUGAGCUGCGUUAAGAGUAGUCGUAUUUCAGCAAGAUGAAGAAGUAUGGCAGACUGAGGUCAAUCUCACUGUCAAAGCAAUCUGAGCCUUGCCAUGACACACACCCAGAUCAGUGUACUGCCCUCACCCAGAAUGACGACCAUCCUCCUCUCAAGUGGAAGGACAACACUACGUCACCCCCAGGCAGCCCCAAACGAGAGCAUGGAAAAUUUGACAACGGGGACGUUGCGUCUUCAUCAUCGCGUAGAAUGCUCGCGGAGGCUCUCAAGAAGUUAAGCUCUCUCAGGGAGAAUAGUCAGUACGACGAUCUGAGUGCGACUCCAGUUCCCAGACGUGGGAGCGCGGCACAGUGGGUAUCAGGUGGGAUCAAUGGUCCUCAAGCCGACGGUGGCGAGCCAUUGUCUGGGAAUUGGCAAAGAGCAGGGUCAGAACCAAAGAGCAGCAGCAGCCGAAGUAGUGCCAGUAACGGCGCUGGUGCAAUGAGGGCGAUUCUCAUUGCCUCCGAGUUGCCGUGCACCCACACGAGGAGUACGCACAAGUUCAACCAUCGAGGAAGCUCUUCCACUCACGACCAUGUCAAUCAUUCAGGACGGCCCUUCUCCGUGGACAUGGCACCCACAGUGCAAAGACCAGCGGCUACGUCAAGUUUAGGUUUGCUGGACAAAGAAGAGGAGGCAGCAUCAGCAUGGUCACCACCCUCAAAAAACCCUCCCGGAAAUUCAUCGUCAUUAGCUCGACGAUUGUGCGUCAGCUCCACCAACGCCACGGGCCUGAUGCGGUACAACUUCCCUUCUCCGCUGCAGAAGAGCUGCCUGUGGGAGGAAGUCGAGGAGAACGAUGGUUCCCAUGAGGCGAUGCCUGCAAGAGCAUCGUCCAGAGUCACGGCAAGCAGGGUGCAGUCUAUGCGCUAUGACUGCACGCAACUGGAGGUGCGCAUGGCAGGUGAAGCGAGCAUUGCCAAGGACCAGAUGCAAAGCCAGUCCGUUCGGGAGGGGUCGGCGCAUGGGCAGGCCAUCGCGGCCAUGGCGAAAGCGUACGCUGAGAAGUUCGGCCUAGCGCAUGCGGUAGUGGAGUGUGUCUCAUGUGGGCGGGCGUUGGGGGUGAUCGUCGAAGGCAGCAGCUCUGGCAACUACGAUUCCUCCUUCUGCCGAUCCUGUCGUCCGCCCGGGCUCACCAAAUCCACCACCAAAGCAGGCAAUGGCAUGCUCCACUUCUGCCGCAAGCUCCUCUUCCGCAUGGGCAAAAAACCACCUCAGAAAUACACCAUGGUCUGAAACAAUCCAGUUCUAUCUCGCUCUCUCUCUCUCUCUCACUCUCACUCUCAACAUCCCUCCCUCCCCUUUAAUCUAAACCUAACUAUCUGCGACACAACGCCUAACGGGACAAAGCGACACCAGGAUUCAUGAAUCCACGAAUUCAACAAUUGGGUCCAACAGAUCCCUCUUCUUCAGAAUAACUUAAAACGAUUCUGUGGCAAUGCACAAGUGGAAAAGAAACUACAUUAUGCAGUGACAAUGUUCAAAGUCGCACACGCUCAUCUGAUGUGCUCAUUGGAUGUUUGUCACCGCACUGCCGCAUCCAUGGUUAAUUGUCUUCGCAACUGGACCAUCGUACCUGCCCCAUCUCCCCUUACCCCGAGCUGGAAUAACCGUCUUCUUCCUUGCGGAAGCGCCAUCGUCAUCGCUGUCCCCGUCUAACAAUCCCAUACCAGAUACACAAUAACACUCAUCGCUUAUCAUGCUUUUCAUCUCGUCAAGCAGCUUUUUGCUACUCCUUAAUUUAGGGUUUCCAGUUCCCAGUGAAGCUUGUCAGAUCAUGCAACAUGUAGCACUCGGUUUGUUUACAAAAUGGCCUUCUGCCAUUGUUUUCGUUUGCUGUUUUGACCCAUCUCUUAGCGACCAUAGCAUUCGUGCAAUUGUUAACAUUUUUUUUGACAAAAAUAAACCCAGGUGAAAAAAUGUACACAAAUAUU